UUUCUAUUAUCUUUUCACUUUUCUUGUUCAACUUAAAAAAUAUAGGGCGGCGCUUACGCCAACUAUAAAUUCUUGGUACUUCCGGUUUACUCUACAGUUUUCAAGACACAGGCCAUGGCUAAUCGCAUCUGCACGAAUAAUCAUUGCGUCCCUCCAAACGACUCGGACAGCCAGAGCAGUCCGGCUCACAGUCCUACUGACUACACUCCUACUGAACCUGUCAUGGACCGGGCCCCGGUGAGUUUUGCUGAGGAUGAGCCCGAGCCAUCUGGAUCGCUAUUACAGUUUCUAGAGGAGACAGUGCUUACUUUUGGUAAAACUGAUUACUCCAAACCUGGUCCUUCUAAAAGACCUCGUGUGGAUAGCCCUUAUCCAUUUUCUUUUAGGCCCGUACGGCCCGAGUCUACUACUCCGGCUCCGCCGGUCCUAAAACCUGUUUGUCAUGUUAAUGAUGGUACCCAGACCGAUUCUAAAGUGUCUGUUGGCACCCAAACAGCUUCUAUUCCCGCGCCUAUGCCAAUUCUAAAUCGCGGUGUUUUUGUUCCUCUCACUGAUCUUCAAAUUGGUUAUGUCCUGCCUCAAAGGAGGUCAGAUACUUGA